GAGGCGGGGAGAGGGGCAGGAGAAAGAGGGAGGCGGUGACCUGAGGCAGGAUAAGGUGGGAGAACGCAGGGCCAACAGCGAGGACGACUUCACUUCUCUCCCCCCUUCCCCCUUUCCCAAUUCGGAGGCAAGAGUCUAAACGGCGCGGUUCCUCGAGAGGCGAACUCUCUCCCCCUCCCCUCACCGGCCCCGCCGCGCCCACCCUCUUCCUUUGGUGUCCGCUGCGCACAGCAGCCUGGACGGUGAAAGACCAUGCAGAGGUCGCCUCUGGAGAAGGCGAACGUCUUCUCCAAACUUUUCUUCAGGUGGACAAAACCGAUUUUGAGAAAGGGUUACAGACAACGCCUGGAAUUAUCAGACAUUUAUCAAAUCCCUGCCACAGAUUCUGCAGAUAACCUUUCUGAGAAAUUGGAAAGAGAAUGGGACAGAGAGCUGGCUUCAAAGAAAAAACCCAGACUCAUCAAUGCUCUCAGAAGAUGUUUUUUCUGGAAAUUUAUGUUCUACGGAAUAAUACUAUAUUUAGGGGAAGUAACGAAAUCUGUGCAGCCUCUUUUGCUGGGGAGAAUUAUUGCUUCUUAUGAUCCGUCCAAUUUACAUGAACGAUCAAUAGCUUACUAUUUAGCCAUAGGACUCUGCCUUCUCUUCGUUGCGCGGAUGUUGCUGCUUCACCCAGCUAUAUUUGGCCUCCACCACAUCGGGAUGCAAAUAAGGAUAGCAAUGUUUAGCUUAAUCUACAAAAAGACCUUAAAAUUAUCAAGCAGAGUCCUUGACAAUAUAAGCACAGGACAACUUGUUAGCCUCCUUUCAAACAAUCUGAACAAAUUUGAUGAAGGUUUAGCUUUAGCUCAUUUUGUGUGGAUUGCACCUUUACAAGUCUUGCUGCUGAUGGGACUUCUCUGCGAGAUGCUGCAGGCCUCGGCGUUUUGUGGACUUGGUUUCCUAAUUCUUGUUGCCCUUUUCCAAGCCUGGCUAGGGCGAAUGAUGAUGAAAUACAGAGAUCAGAGAGCAGGAAAGAUCAAUGAGAGACUUGUACUCACUGCAGAAAUGAUUGAGAAUAUACAAUCAGUCAAAGCUUACUGUUGGGAGAAUGCAAUGGAAAACAUGAUUGAAAGUGUGCGCCAACCUGAACUGAAGCUGACCCAAAAAGCUGCUUAUGUGAGAUAUUUCAAUAGCUCAGCAUUCUUCUUCUCUGGAUUUUUUGUGGUGUUCUUGGCUGUGCUUCCGUACGCACUGAUCUACGGAAUUAACCUCAGGAAAAUAUUUACCACCAUCUCAUUUUGCAUUGUUCUUCGAAUGGCAGUCACUAGGCAGUUUCCUUGGGCUGUGCAGACAUGGUAUGAUUCUCUUGGAGCAAUAAACAAAAUACAGGAUUUCUUGCAAAAAGAAGAAUACAAAACUCUGGAAUAUAAUUUAACAACCACAGGGCUUGAGCUGGAUAAAGUAACAGCCUUCUGGGAUGAGGGAUCUGGGGAGUUCUUUGCAAAAGCACAGCAGGAAAAUGGCAACAGGAAAAUAUCCACUGCUAGUGAUGGUCUCUUCUUCAGCAACUUCCAACUUCAUUUUACUCCUGUCCUUAAGGACAUCAACUUCAGAAUUGAAAAGGGAGAGAUGCUGGCUGUUGCGGGGUCUACCGGAGCAGGAAAGACUUCUCUCCUGAUGAUGAUCAUGGGAGAGCUGGAGCCUUUGGAAGGUAAAAUUAAACACAGUGGAAGGAUUUCCUUUUGCCCUCAAGUAUCGUGGAUCAUGCCUGGAACAAUUAAAGAAAACAUCAUCUUUGGAGUUUCCUAUGAUGAAUUCCGAUACAAGAGUGUCAUCAAAGCCUGUCAGUUAGAAGAGGACAUUUCGAAGUUUCCAGAAAAAGAUGACACCGUUUUGGGAGAAGGUGGGAUCACUCUCAGCGGUGGUCAGCGAGCUAGGAUCUCUCUCGCCAGAGCAGUAUAUAAAGAUGCUGAUUUAUAUCUCUUGGAUUCCCCUUUCGGUUAUCUAGACAUGUUAACAGAGAAAGAAAUAUUUGAAAGCUGUGUUUGCAAACUUAUCGUCAAUAAAACUAGAAUACUUGUUACAUCGAAGCUGGAACAUUUGAAAAUAGCAGACAAGAUACUAAUUUUACACGAAGGAAGCUGUUAUUUCUAUGGGACAUUUUCUGAACUUCAGGGUCAGAGACCCAACUUUAGCUCUGAGCUGAUGGGAUUUGAUGGUUUCGAUCAGUUCAGCACAGAUCGAAGGAACUCCAUCCUGAGCGAAACGCUGAGGAGACUUUCUAUUGGUAGCGACGGCGUGGGCGCACAAAAUGAAAUAAAGAGAACAUCUUUUAAACAGACCUCAAACUUUGUGGAGAAAAGGAAGAACUCAGUCAUGAACGCUCUGAAUUCUAGCAGGAAGUUCUCUUUUAUGCAAAAAACUCCACUGCAGGCCAAUGGCAUAGAAGAAGGCCUUGGGAAACCCGUAGAAAGAAGGUUUUCAUUGAUACCGGACUCUGAACAAGGAGAGGCAAUUCUGCCACGCAGCAAUGUGAUCAACGCAGGACCCACGUUUAGAGAACAUAGAAGACAGUCUGUGCUUAACUUGAUGACCCGAACAUCAGGUCACCAACGUCAGAGUUUUUACAAAAGUGGCAACGUAUCCAUACGUAAAAUGUCAGUAGCCCAGCCGUCCUGUGAGACAGAUAUCUAUGCCCGGCGCUUGUCUAUGGACAGUGUGGCAGAAAUAAGCGAGGAACUUAAUGAAGAGGAUUUAAAGGAAUAUUUUUGUGAGGAUUCAGAGACCAUGAAUGCUGUUACUACAUGGAACACAUACUUCAGAUAUAUUACUGUCCGCAAAAAGCUGAUUAUUGUGUUAAUUAUAUGUGUAGUUAUUUUUCUACUUGAGGUGGCUGCUUCUCUUGCUGGAGUAUUGAUUAUCAAUAUGUUGUCUGUUUCCGAUAGCCCAAAUGCAACACAGGCAAGAAAUGCUUCCUCUCACGACGUGGAGAGCCAGGCAAUCAUCAUUACAGAGACUAGUGGCUAUUACAUCUUCUACAUUUAUGUGGGAGUGGCUGAUACCUUACUUGCCUUGGGCCUCUUUCGAGGCCUACCCCUGGUGCAUACUCUCAUCUCAGUUUCUAAAACCCUUCACCGCAAGAUGCUGCAUGCCAUCCUUCAGGCACCCAUGUCUUCCUUCAACACAUUGAAAGCAGGUGGAAUACUUAACAGAUUCUCAAAGGAUAUAGCAAUAUUGGAUGACCUACUACCACUUACAAUAUUUGACUUCAUCCAGUUAAUGCUCAUUGUGAUUGGUGCUAUAGCAGUAGUAUCAGUCAUACAACCCUACAUCUUCCUGGCAUCUGUGCCUGUGAUAGGAGCCUUUGUUAUGUUAAGAGCAUACUUCCUGCACACUUCUCAGCAGCUGAAACAACUGGAAUCUGAAGCAAGAAGUCCAAUUUUCACACAUCUUGUUACAACCUUAAAGGGGCUUUGGACACUCCGAGCUUUUGGACGGCAACCUUAUUUUGAGACAUUAUUUCAUAAAGCCCUGAACUUGCACACAGCGAACUGGUUCCUUUAUCUGUCUACAUUACGUUGGUUCCAGAUGAGGAUAGAAAUUAUUUUUGUUGUCUUCUUCACCAUUGUGACCUUUGUUUCUAUUUUAACUACAGGUAACGGGGAAGGAACAGUUGGCAUUAUUCUUACACUAGCCAUGAAUAUUAUGGGAACCUUGCAGUGGGCAGUGAACUCAAGUAUAGAUGUAGACAGUCUGAUGCGGUCAGUGAGCCGAGUAUUUAAGUUUAUUGAUAUGCCAACAGAAGAAUCCAAAACUGCACCAUCUUUGAAAAAUGAAGAGCUUUCUCGCACCCUCAUAAUUGAGAAUAGGCAUGCAAAGGAAAAGACUGUCUGGCCAUCUGGCGGGCAAAUGACAGUGAAGAAUCUCACGGCCAAGUACAUAGAUGGAGGUCUGGCCAUACUCGAAAAUAUUUCCUUUUCAAUAAGUCCAGGACAAAGGGUGGGUCUUUUAGGAAGAACUGGCUCAGGGAAAAGUACGCUGCUCUUUGCUUUUUUAAGACUCUUGACUACAGAAGGAGAUAUUCAAAUUGAUGGUGUCUCCUGGAACACCGUCUCUGUGCAGCAGUGGAGAAAAGCAUUUGGAGUAAUACCUCAGAAAGUGUUCAUAUUUUCUGGAUCUUUUCGAAAGAACUUGGAUCCUUAUGGACAGUGGACUGAUGAAGAACUAUGGAAAGUUGCUGAGGAGGUUGGACUGAAAUCUGUAAUAGAGCAAUUUCCAGGCAAGCUUGAUUUUGUCCUUCUGGAUGGUGGCUGUGUCCUCAGCCAUGGACAUAAACAAUUAAUGUGUCUUGCCAGAUCAAUUCUCAGCAAAGCUAAAAUUCUUCUUCUGGAUGAACCAAGUGCUCAUCUUGAUCCUAAGACUUUCCAAGUCAUUAAAAAGACUCUCAAGCAGGCUUUUGCAAACUGCACAGUAAUACUCUCAGAACACAGGCUAGAAGCACUACUGGAAUGCCAGCGAUAUUUGGUGAUAGAAGAGAACAAAGUCACACAAUACGAAUCCAUCCAGAAGCUGCUCAGCGAAAAGAAUUCUUUCCGUCAAGCCAUCAGCCAUUCAGAUCGUGUCAGACUCUUCCCGGUGCAUCCCAGGAACUCAAGCAAACGGAUGUCCAGGCCUAAAAUAAGUGCCUUGCAAGAAGAAACCGAAGAAGAAGUGCAAGAAACCCGGUUGUGAAAAUUUAUCAAGGUGCUAUCUUGUAACAAUUUAACAGGAAGCAUUCUGGGAAAAUGUCAGAACAGGGCAUUGUUGAAAAUUGCCACUAAAAGAAGUGCAAAAGCAAACACAUGAAUAUGUAUAUAUAUCUGUGCAAAAAAACUUCAUUCCAAGGGUCAAUUUGGUUAUGAAGGAUUGGUGCAUUAGGCAGUAUCCCGCCCCCCCCCCCGAAGCUGCCCCCAUCUCUUCUGCUUCUUGUACACAUACAAAAGAUCUUUUAUCAGGAUGGAUAAUCAAAAUAUCCAAACAUUUCAGCUGUACUAGCUGCCUCUUUAAAAGUAAUGUGAAUGUCAUAACAAGCAUAUCAAAGUCUACACUCAUCUUUCAAAACUGAAUCCAUAGCUCACUACGAAACACAGUGAAAAGCCUGCUUUUCUGUGUAAAAAACAACAACAAUCCAGGGUUUUGAAAAAUGCAUUUUGAGGUAGUUUGAGGUCAAGAGCUACAAAUUCAGGUCAUGAAUUAUAUUUAUUAUUACACAAAUUAUAAACAUUUAGGCUGUCAACUAAACAGCAGAGACAUUUAUUUUCUGUGUCUGGAAGAACACAGCAAUUACCAUGCUUUUGUUCUGGAAAGUGCUGGGCGUUUCAAGUCAGUGUUGGUUGGUUUGCAAAACUGCUAUAGUUGUGGGAGAAUGACAGCACCAAACCGGAAGAAUUUCACAGUUUCUCCUAAAUUCUGUGGUGGAAAAGAUAUGGAAACAUGGCCAGAUGUUUGGGUUCAUUCUUUUACACAGUACAGAGGUUCAAUCUAUUUAGUUGAAAAACAAAUUACUUUUUUAUGAAACAUCCAUGCUUGUUCAGAACAUAGAUGAAUUAGAAAGUUGAAUCGAAACCAGUUACUUAAGUUGUAUUUAUUUGAAUCAAGCCACUCUAGUGAAAAUCAGUGGGCAUUUUGUCAGUUGCAUUAAAUAGAAUUAUAAUAUUGCCCCAGACAAUGGGCAAACAUAGGCACCUUUAGACCAACUAUAUUUCAGUAGAUUUUCAAGCAUUUAUGAACCUGACAUUGCAUGUAAGUAGGUGAGGGGAUUAUGCAUUUUAAAAGGAAAAAAAGAAUCUCAUUUAUAUUAGACUCACUAUAUGCAAUAAGCAGUUGACUCCCUUAGACCUGAAGUCAGCGGAAGCUAAGCACACGAACUGUAGGUUCAAGUGUAAACAAUGGCCUGUCCAUAUGCCGAGCACUUUCUAAAAUAAAAAGUCAAGGAAAAGCAAUAUUCUCCAGAAUGGUUGCUUUUCAGUGAGUGAGAAAAGGGGAAAGCCACAGUUUAGAAUAUGCAGAUCAUGAUGAACACAACUGGUUAGGACACAAAAUGUCUAGGUAAAGAUGACAAUGGGAAUUUUUACACUUCAAAUGAAAUCUUCCAAACUUAUUCUAGCAAUCUUAUUGAGGUUGAUUGGGGGGGGGGGGGGCGGACAUUUUUUCAACUGGUAUUUUUUAAAUGAAAAUUACAGUUCCUCUGCAAGGAUGAAAGAUAACUUGACUUUUGUAGUGAUCUUCUUUUAUACAGUUCCGUUUUGCAGUUGACUGGACCUUCCUUGGACUAUUUAUUUAAUAUCUUUAUUCAGAGAUGGGAGAGAUUUGCUUAUUAAGAAAAUCCUGUAUUUUAAGAGGAAUCGUAUAUCAUGAAGACUAUAUUUGUAUACAAAUAACUGUUAUAUAUUUGAACAACAAAAAAUAUUUUUUAGCUUGAAUUUACUAUGUGUUUUAGGGGAAAAAAUUGGAGUAUGGGCAGUAUCUCCACAAAUGUUUCAACUGCUGCUUUGCUUUCUUGUUGUCUUAAUUUUAAUAUACAAUGUGAACAUUGUAUUGAAAAGAAUGUGAGGCUCUAACCUUUUCAGAGCUUUUUCCUCCUACAGUCGGUUUAGACCCAGUCCUGUUGCAGUAGGUGGAACAUUGGGCAUAUGUAAUGAAGGAGAUGUGGAGCUUUUGUUUCAUAGCAGAUCAGAUCUAGUUCUAGGUCUUGAGGGACCCUGGAUUAGCCACUCUCAGCGAGGCCUGAAAGAAGAUACUGGCAUUGCCCCUGUUGUAGGGCAAAACCCCUGCUUGUUUCAAAACCAAGGAGAUUUGAACUGUGUUGCUAAAGAAGGCUAAUGUGGUCCGUUUAAUUAAAAUAGUUUUUUAAAAAUUAGUAACAUGAUCCUUACAUGGCAGGGCUUAGGCAGGGGGAUAGUUUUGCACUACUAUUUUGUUGUAUUUUCUCUUGACGUUGGCACUGGUCAAUGGGCAUUUCCAAUUGCUGUACAUACAUCUUUUUUAAAGGAGAAUUCCAUUUCCCAGGUAUAGCUUGAAUCCAGAUUGAAGACAUACUAAGCGCGGUAGAAAAAAAAAGUACAUGCGUGUCAGGGAACGAUUUUACACUGCCAACAGCACAGAAAUUAUGUCCAUGCACGGCUUCAGUUGUAUGGGAGGCCUAUGGAAGGCAAUGCAUUAUCCAUUUUAGUUCCAGUUAUUUCAGUGGUACUUAAGAGCAAAUCUGCACGCCAGGGCUGCAUGUGUGAACUAGGUACAGUGGUACCUCUACUUACAAAUAACUAUACUUACGAAUUUUUCUACUUACAAAUGGAGCUCCGUCCGCCAUCUUGGAUGCGGUUUAGAUAGGAUUUUUUCUACUUAUAAAUUUUUAGAUAGGGUUGCUUCGACUUAUGAAUUUUUUCUCCCAAUGCAUUCCUAUGGGAUUCAACUUACAAUUUUUUUCGACUUAAAAAUGUGCGUUCGGAACGCAUUAAAUUCGUAAGUAGAGGUACCACUGUAUGUCCCCCCUACACAGAAAGUGCGACAUAGAUGCAAGUGUGCUGUGAAUGGUGAGACUAAAGGAAGUACUUCUUUAUGUAAUGCUGUUAAUCUGUGGAACUCACCGAUGCAAGGCAUGGUGGCUUUCCAAGGGAUGGGACAAAUUCACGGGGGAGGCUAUGGAAUUAUAUUAGUCAUAGCUAUUUGGAACCUCUAGAUCCAUUGCCAGUCUACUAUUGAAUGCCAGUGGAGGAUCAAUAGUGGAAGAGGGUAAUUUCCUUUCUGUCUUGCUUAUGGACUUCACAAAGCCCAGUGCUGGAAACAGGAUAUUGAACUCAUAUCACACUUUACAUUCUGUGUGCUAUGCAUUUGUGUGUGUGUGGACACAGGUACAAGUGACUCACUUGCCCAACUCAAGUGUGGGUACAUCAUAUACACAGAGGCCUGUGUGCAAAGCAGUCCAUAGCUGUGAUUAGCAUUUGCUGGAUUGUUGCAAUUGUAUGUAUUUGUAUAACUGGAAAACUUAACCCACACUUUGUAUGUAACAAGCUACAACGCCUGCCAUUCAGGUUGCUAUCAGGUAAUACAAAAAGGUACUAAGCGGCUAGGUCUGGAAAAAAUAAAUAGAAAGUGAAUUUAAUUGCAAGCAAGUUUCAUGAUGCUAUUGUGUGCAAUAUGUCAAUAAAACAAAUGUAUUGUGUACUGUC